AUGCUCGAGAUGCUCAUGCAUUCGGCGACGGGUACUGGCGAAGGGACUCCGGCAAAGCUGCGGCUGAAUCACAAGUGCAAGGAGAUCGACCAUGACAAGGGGAUUGUGACGUUUGAGAACGGGGUGGUUGCGCAGCAUGAUAUGAUCGUCGGUGCUGAUGGGAUCGGAUCUGCCGUGCGUAGCACAUUAGGGGUAGUCACGACCCGUAAACAGUCUACGUCCACCUGCUACCACUGCGUCAUCGAAGCCAGCGAAGUCUCCCGUCUCGGCCUCCUGGACCUGACGGGCAACUGCGCCAUCGAAUUCUGA